AGCCAUACUUAAAGACUCUUUCUCGUUUCCUCAUUCACACUUCUUUCUUUCUUUCCCACAAAUUGAGAAGUCCCUGUACCCAAUAUCCAUUGUGCAUCCAAACUCUCGUCUUCAACAAUAUUGCAGAGAGAUGAGAUUUGUUGGUAUCUCACUUCUCUUCUUCCUUCUUGUGUUCAUUUCAUGUGCAGCUGCAUAUGAUCCCUUGGAUCCAAAUGGGAACAUAACAAUCAGAUGGGAUAUAAUGUCCUGGACCCCAGAUGGCUAUGUGGCAGUUGUGACAAUUAACAAUUUCCAGAUGUACAGACACAUCAUGAGCCCUGGUUGGACCUUAGGCUGGACAUGGGCCAAGAAGGAAGUCAUAUGGUCGAUGGUGGGGGCUCAAACCACCGAGCAAGGAGACUGCUCCAAGUUCAAAGGGAACAUACCUCACUGUUGCAAGAAGAGUCCAACUGUUGUAGACUUGCUCCCUGGUGUGCCUUACAACCAGCAGUUCCAGAAUUGCUGCAAAGGCGGCGUGCUCACAGCUUGGGCCCAAGACCCUGCAGCUUCUGUCUCAGCCUUCCAGUUGAGUGUUGGCCUUGCCGGCACUUCAAACAAGACCGUGAAGCUUCCCAAGAACUUCACUUUGCUUGGUCCAGGACCGGGCUACACUUGUGGUCCAGCAAAGAUUGUUCCCCCCACCAAUUUUCUCACACCUGAUCGCCGCAGAAAGACUCAGGCACUCAUGACAUGGAAUGUAACAUGCACUUACUCACAGUUUCUAGCCCGGAAAUACCCAAGUUGUUGCGUUUCCUUUUCAUCCUUCUACAACGACACGAUCACACCUUGUCCUUCCUGUGCUUGUGGCUGUGAAAACAAAAACGAAUGUGUCAAGAGCAAUUCCAAACUUCUGAGCGUUGUUGGGCUGAACAGUCCAAGGAAAGAUAACACACCCCUGCUGCAAUGCACGCAUCACAUGUGCCCGGUCAGGAUACACUGGCAUGUGAAGCUCAACUACAAGGAUUACUGGCGUGCGAAGAUAGCAAUAACAAACUUCAAUUACCGCAUGAACUACACACUCUGGACUCUUGUUGUUCAGCACCCAAAUCUCAACAAUGUAACUCAAGUUUUCAGCUUCGAUUACAAACCUCUUGUUCCCUAUGAGUCAGUCAAUGACACAGGAAUGUUCCAUGGCAUGAAAUUCUACAAUGACGUGCUAACGGAAGCUGGGCCAUUAGGGAAUGUCCAGUCAGAGGUGCUUCUGCAGAAGGACAAGAACACUUUCACCUUCAAAGAAGGAUGGGCGUUUCCCCGGAGAGUCUAUUUUAAUGGCGAAGAAUGCAUGCUGCCCCCACCUGAUACAUACCCAUUCCUACCAAAUACUGCCCAUCAAACCCUAUUUGGAUUCUCAACACUAGCUUGUUCACUGUUUUUCUUGCUGAUUAGGCUCUGGUGAUUAUUUUCCUGAGUUCAAUAACCACAGAGUUUUGAAGCAGAGGGAUCUAUGCUGCCAAGUUAAUUUGGAGACAAGAUACGCAUUCAAAAUUCUCUGGGAAAACAAAGAGAAGAUCAUGUAAAUCAAAUGUUGUUUGAUAUGAUGAGAUCAUGAAUGGGAACACUAGAUAUGAACCGACUGCAAUGGAAUCUAAUUGAACUGUCAAGGAUCAUUCAAUAUGACAAUGAUGUAAACAGAACAUUUUUUCAUCCGCCUGCUGAAGAAAG